ACAAGACCCAGGCUUUGAGUCUUAUUACAGUUGAAACUAGGAGGGACAUCAUCAGCAGGACACUCUGAGGAUUUAAACAUCACUUUUCAGCACUAUACAGUCUUAUUGUCAUAUAACCUAUACAAAAAAGUUUUCGGCAACCAUGGGGCAUGCCACAAGGAUGUCCCUAAUUUUGGGAUGUCUCUUAUUUAUUGGCCCAUGGAUUAUUCACGGUGAACACCCCUUACCCUCGAUAUUUCCUGAAAAGGAGGACAUGGUGGUGGCGCUGCACACUUCCUUCAGCCUGAAAUGUACUGGAGAAAGCGAAGUGAGCUGGCACUACCCGGAACUUGACGACGACGACAUCGACAACAUAGAAAUCCGCAGUGAAGAAAACAACAGUGGCCUGUUUAUGUCUGUGCUGGAAGUCCACAAUGCCUCUGUCUAUCACACAGGCCUGUAUACCUGCUACCACAACCACACUCAGACGGAGGAGAACGACAUCGAAGGCACAGAUAUAUACGUCUAUGUUCCAGAUCCUACAGUGGCGUUUGUCCCCUCCAUGAUGCUCGAGCACAUCAUUGUGGUAGAAGAAGAGGAAAUGUCCACAAUCCCAUGCCGUACCACCAAUCCCGCAAGCCAGGUGACAUUAAAGCACGUGGAAGCCGCCAAGACAGUCAAUGCCUUUUACGACAGCAAGCAAGGAUUUUUCAGUAACUUUGCAUCCGGCUCCUACGUCUGUGAAACCGUGGUCAAUGGCGUGGUCUUUAAAACAGAGCCCUUCAUUGUGCAAACAUGGAAAGCAACACAAGACAUAAGUGUAGAGAUGGAAGCUCCAAAAACUGUGUUUAAAUCUGGUGAAACGAUCACUGUUUCCUGCAUUGUGCUUGAAAACGAGGUGGUUGACUUACAAUGGACAUACCCCGGCCAACAGAGAGGAGCUGGAAGUGUGAAGGUUAAAGAAAACAAGGUGCCACGCUUGAGACUGGAAUACACACUGACCGUACCCAACGUUACAGUAAAGGAUUCUGGGGAAUAUGCGUGUGCGGUUCUUCACGCAACUCUGGAUACCGAAGAAGUAAAGAAUGUCAUCAUAACGGUGCAUGAAAAAGGAUUUGUCAAACUAGAUCCUAAAGUAAACUCGCUGGAAUUUGCCAAUCUUCAUGAAGUGAAAACCUUUUCUGUUGGCUUGCACGCAUACCCAGCGCCAAAAAUCUACUGGUUAAAAGACAACAUGACUCUCAGUGACAAUCUGACGGAGAUCACCACUGGCACUGUCAGAAUCCAGGAAGCCAGGUACCAAAGUAAUUUGAAACUCAUACGUGCCAAGGAGGAGGACAGCGGAAUAUAUACUCUUGUAGCCCAAAAUGAAGCUGAAACGAAACAUUUCUCUUUUGAGUUGCAAAUUAAUGUGCCGGCUUUGAUAUCACAGUUGGUUGAUGACCACAAUGGUUCUUCCGGUCAGCAAACAGUCAGCUGUCGGGCUAAAGGCAUUCCUGUUCCAGAUAUGGAAUGGUUAGUUUGCAAGGACAUAAAAAGAUGUAAUAAUGACACGUCAUGGUCCGUCCUGGCAAUCAAUGGCUCAGAGAUCACCAUGGAGACUCAUCAGAUUGAGGAGAAUUUGAUGGAAAGCAAGGUGACCUUUAAGAAAGUGGAAGAGAUACUGGCAAUCCGAUGUGUUGCAAAGAAUUACCUUAAAGUUGACACAAGAGAGCUGAAGCUGGUAGCACCCACCCUUCGAUCCGAGCUAACAGUGGCAGCUGCUGUGCUGGUUUUGCUUGUCAUCGUCAUCAUAUCCCUCAUAGUUCUUGUCAUCAUAUGGAAACAGAAACCAAGAUAUGAAAUAAGAUGGCGAGUCAUUGAGUCCAUCAGCCCCGAUGGCCACGAGUAUAUCUAUGUAGAUCCAAUGCAACUGCCUUACGAUUCCCGAUGGGAGUUUCAAAGAGAUGGACUUGUUCUUGGCCGAAUCCUCGGAUCUGGUGCCUUUGGAAAAGUAGUGGAGGGCACUGCGUAUGGAUUAAGUCGUUCCCAGCCUGUGAUGAAAGUAGCAGUAAAAAUGCUUAAACCCACCGCUAGAUCGAGUGAAAAGCAAGCACUGAUGUCAGAACUGAAGAUAAUGACCCAUCUUGGAGCUCACCUCAACAUAGUGAACUUACUGGGAGCAUGUACCAAAUCAGGACCAAUUUACAUUAUUACGGAAUAUUGCUUCUAUGGAGACCUUGUGAAUUAUCUUCAUAAGAACAGAGACAACUUUCAGACUCGGCACCCAGAGAAGCCAAAGAAGGAUCUGGAUAUCUUUGGGUUGAACCCAGCUGAUGAGAGCACAAGAAGCUAUGUCAUUUUAUCCUUUGAGAACAAUGGUGACUAUAUGGACAUGAAACAAGCUGAUAACACGCAGUACGUCCCAAUGCUUGAAAUGAAGGAGGCCUCAAAGUAUUCUGACAUCCAGAGAUCUUUGUACGAUCGCCCUGCAUCUUACAAGAAGAAGCCCAUGUCCGAAGUGAAAAACAUUUUGUCAGAUGAUGGAUUUGAAGGUCUAACGCUCCUGGAUUUGCUGAGUUUUACUUACCAGGUCUCCCGAGGAAUGGAAUUCUUAGCAAAUAAGAAUUGUGUGCACCGCGACCUGGCAGCUCGAAACGUCUUACUGGCACAUGGAAAAAUCGUGAAGAUCUGUGACUUUGGCCUGGCGAGAGACAUCAUGCAUGACUCUAAUUAUGUUUCAAAGGGCAGCACAUUCCUUCCAGUGAAGUGGAUGGCACCAGAAAGCAUCUUCGAUAAUCUCUACACAACUUUGAGUGAUGUCUGGUCAUUUGGCAUCUUGCUUUGGGAGAUAUUUUCUCUUGGAGGUACACCAUACCCAGGCAUGAUCGUGGAUUCCACCUUCUACAACAAGAUAAAAAGUGGUUACAGAAUGGCAAAGCCUGACCAUGCCACCCAUGAAGUGUAUGACAUCAUGGUAAAAUGCUGGAACAGUGAACCAGAAAAAAGACCUUCAUUUGGCCACUUGAGUGAUAUAGUGGAAAGCCUUCUUCCCGCAGAAUAUAAAAAGUGCUACGAAACGAUUCUUCACGAUUUCCUUAAAAGCGACCAUCCAGCCGUAACCCGUAUGAGAUGCGACAGUGACAAUUCCUACAUUGGGGUGACUUACAAAAACGAAAGCAAAAUGAAGGACAGGGAGAGCGGGUUUGAUGAACAGAGGCUCAGUGCUGACAGCGGCUACAUCAUUCCCCUGCCUGACAUCGACCCCGUGUCUGAAGAUGAAUCAGGGAAAAGAAACAGACACAGUUCACAAACCUCCGAUGAGAGUGCAAUUGAGACUGGUUCCAGCAGUUCCACAUUUAUUAAACGCGAGGAUGAGACCAUUGAAGACAUUGAAAUGAUGGAUGAAAUUGGGAUCGAUACAUCAGAUUUGGUGGAAGACAGUUUCCUGUGAAUUGACACAAAACAUUUUAGAGACCAAGCCACGGAUUUAAAACGGAAGACUGUGAAGUCCUGGAAUUUCUCAUUUUCAAAGUUGGAAACCACUUAUUUGAAUUGGACAGCAAGACAGUGACUUGUUUGCCUCGCCAAACCACAUGGUACUUGUAGGGACUUCGUGUGUAUCUAGAACACAUUUGUCAACUGGAACGGUUGUUAAAAGACCAACGAUUUAAGCUCCUCUUCUAAGCACAUUUUUACCGGGUGGUACAUCGUAGCAUCUCAAUAUUUGUUUUUCUUAAGUCAUGGACAAAACAGUAGCUUUAUGUUCCAAGGGCAUUCAUAACAGCGAAAAACAGAAACCAUUCCACAGUUGAAAUUCAGCAUUGUAAUUAUGUACAUAACAUGUCAUGUAAGCCUACAAUAUGGACUAAGAGAAGACACCACUCGAAAAAUCUGUGUACUUUGUACAUUAGCUGCUGUUACACAAUCGUCGAGUCCCCUUUAAACCACUCUGGAACAAUUUAAAACUGAACUAAGAGCAGAAACAUGAUUUUUCAUUGUAAAUAACAGGGGACGUACAAGAAGAUUCUGCAUAACAGAUCACCGGGGGUGGAUUCAUGUUUUACUAUGUUGAUUUUAAUGUAUGUUUUUUUGUGUACUAUACAUAUUAACAUCGAUACUAAAAUAUAUUUUUGAUAACCCAUUGUAGUUAAUUGAAAGCAGGAUUUUUUUUAACAAUCAGAAGAACUUGGAUUUUAGAAAAUAACAAGGAGCCUUGGUGUGUUUCUGUGUAACGGGCUUAUUAAUUAAUACAAAUAUGCUAAUAGUGCGUAGAGCAGAAUUUAGCUAAUAGGUACUAGAACAACUUGUUAUACUUUCAUUAAAACGAUCAGACCACUAGAGAGAUUAUAUUAGCUGUGGUUCGUUCCUGAAUGAUCAUUCCAUUAGCCAUUUUGUUUUUACAAUAAAACUGCAACUAAUAUCAGUAUUAAAUAUAUGAUAACAGGGUCACUAUCUCAGCUGAUUUCAAACAAGUCUUAGAAAAAUAUUUACAGAUUUUGUUUGAUAAGAAGCACACAUUUUAAAGUAUAAAUCCCCAAGAUCUUUCUGGAAAGUGUUUGUUUGUAGAACCUAGUUCUUGAAAAACACUUCCAUUUAGCAGAUAUGAGUUGUGAAGCAUCGUAAAGCAAUGCAACCCGCUGUGUACAACUCUGGCACUUAAUGGGGAUAUAAUAAACAUUAUCUCUUUAAAUGUACACAUUAUUGUAUAUCGAUAAUAUUAACUUUCUGGCUACAUUUUUUUGUUUGAAUUUUCCAAAUCUUUCUUGACUUUUCCCCCUUGUUUGAUACAAAACCUUACUUUCUCAUGCAUUUAGGCUCAAUUCUACAUUGUAUGAAAUAUAAACUGGAAUCAUUGGUAAUCAUAACCAAACCCAAUUUUAUGGACAGAAUAUUAUCUUGUUUCUUUUCUUCUGCAGCACAAUUUAAAUGCAGAUAUAUAUUUUUAUAAUUUUACGUGCUGACUAGCUGCCAGAUUUAAUAUGAAGUAAAUUCCAUAUCCUUUCUGCCAAGGCUAGAAUACAAUAUAAUGUUCUCCCAAGAUGACGGCCUUGUUUAUAAAUGACAUAUAUACUUUAUUAAAUAAGGUCUGUAUGAAAUAGUCCUACUACCUAAUGAAGGACGUAAGCUAUGAUGAUGUUAUACAUCAAUUUGUAUAUUUGUAUUACAAUAUAGUCCUUAAAUACUGCCAAAACAAUUAUGUUAAGCUGUAUCACUGCCUUUGUUUAUAUUUGUUUUGACUGUGAUGUACUCCACAGAUGUGUUAACUGCUGCACUUUUAAAUGUUCAAAAUUAUAUUUUAGAAUAAUAAAAACCUAUGUGUUUGUAAAAUGAAA